ACCUCUUCAGCAAAUCAACAGGGAGAGAGCAAUUCAACUCCACAAAACCAACGGAGAUUCUCUUUUCACCAACAUGGGCAGAUCUUACACAUAACUCAGCAGUAUCGAGAGGACGCUUUGCACGCUCAGGAAGCAAAGUUAAUUCAACGUUGUGGGAAUACCGGCGCCUCGUUUAAUUAUGGAGAUAAACCGAGAAGUGAACAGUAUGAAAAGCAGGGCUCUUUCUUUCAGAACCAUGGACAGAACGACGCACAAUACCACCGAUAUGAAGAAAACUACUCUGCUUUCCAGGACGAUGGACAGCAUUUUCAGAGUGAACAGGAUUUUGGGGGUUAUUACUGCCAUAACUUGGAUUAUUUCCCUGAUUUAGACAACGAAAACGAUUGCACUGGACAGCAUAUGCUUGAGAGCAGCAGUGGUCAAAACAUGCAGAGGCGGCACACAACACUCCGGGAGAAGGGUAGACGGCAGGCAGUUCGGGGGCCAGCCUACAUGUUUAAUGAGAAAGGGACCAGCCUCACCCCAGAAGAGGAACGGUUCCUGGAUUCUGCUGAAUAUGGCAACAUCCCUGUGGUGCGUAAGAUGCUGGAGGAGUCCAAGACCCUGAAUUUCAAUUGCGUGGACUACAUGGGCCAGAAUUCCUUGCAGCUGGCAGUAGGGAAUGAACACUUGGAGGUGACAGAGCUCCUCUUGAAAAAGGACAAUCUGGCACGGGUGGGGGAUGCCCUUUUGCUGGCCAUUAGUAAAGGCUAUGUCAGGAUUGUGGAAGCCAUACUUAGUCACCCGGCCUUUGCUGGGGGCCUUCGACUCACCCUCAGCCCACUGGAGCAGGAGCUCCGAGAUGAUGACUUCUAUGCCUACGAUGAAGACGGAACUCGCUUCUCCCAUGACAUCACGCCCAUUAUUCUAGCCUCCCACUGCCAGGAGUAUGAGGUUGUGCACAUUCUCCUGCUGAAGGGGGCUCGCAUUGAGAAGCCCCACGAUUACUUCUGCAAGUGUUACCAAUGCACGGAGAAGCAGCGAAAGGACUCCUUCAGCCAUUCCCGCUCCAGAAUGAAUGCUUAUAAGGGUCUGGCCAGUGCUGCUUACCUGUCUCUAUCCAGUGAAGACCCUGUCCUCACUGCUCUAGAGCUCAGCAACGAGCUGGCCAGAUUAGCUAAUAUAGAGACAGAGUUUAAGAAUGAAUACCGGAAGCUAUCUAUGCAAUGUAAGGACUUCGUUGUUGGAGUUCUUGACCUGUGCAGAGACACGGAGGAAGUGGAAGCCAUUUUAAACGGAGACGUUGAUUUGGUUCCUCUGACAGAUCACCACAGGCCAUGCCUCACCAGAGUAAAACUGGCUAUCAAAUACGAAGUGAAAAAGUUUGUUGCCCAUCCUAACUGCCAGCAACAGCUGCUCACUAUAUGGUAUGAGAACCUCUCUGGGUUAAGGCAGCAGUCCAUGGGAGUGAAGUGCUUGACAGUGCUCGGAGUCACCACUGGGCUCCCAUUCCUGGCCAUCGCGUACUGGAUCAUGCCCUGCAGCAAGUUGGGACAAAUCCUGCGAAGCCCAUUUAUGAAGUUUGUCGCCCAUGCUGUUUCCUUCACCAUCUUCCUUGGGCUGUUAGUUAUCAAUGCUUCGGACCGGUUUGAAGGCGUGAAGAACCUGCCCAAUGAAACCAUCACCGACCACCCUAGACAAAUCUUCAGGGUGAAGACCACCCAGUUUUCCUGGACUGAGAUGCUGAUCAUGAACUGGGUGUUAGGGAUGAUCUGGUCGGAGUGUAAGGAGAUCUGGGCGGAGGGGCCCCGGGAGUAUGUCAUGCACCUCUGGAACGUGCUGGACUUUGGCAUGCUUUCCAUCUUCGUGGCUUCCUUCACUGCCAGGCUAAUGGCCUUUCUGAAAGCCUCUGAGGCCCAGCUGUAUGUGGAUAACUACGUGAAGAACCCUGACAUCAGCAACGUCACUCUGCCAGCCGAGGUGGCAUACUUCACGUACGCCAGGAUCAAGUGGCUCCCGUCAGACCCCCAGAUCAUCUCGGAGGGAUUGUACGCCGUUGCGGUGGUGCUGAGCUUCUCACGCAUCGCUUACAUCCUGCCCGCCAACGAGAGCUUCGGCCCGCUGCAGAUCUCCCUGGGCAGGACGGUUAAAGAUAUCUUCAAGUUCAUGGUCAUCUUCAUCAUGGUGUUCGUGGCUUUCAUGAUCGGGAUGUUCAACCUCUACUCCUACUAUCUCGGAGCGAAAUAUAACCCUGCCUUCACAACCGUUGAAGAAAGUUUUAAAACUUUAUUCUGGUCCAUCUUUGGCUUGUCUGAGGUGAUUUCUGUUGUUCUAAAGUACGACCACAAGUUUAUAGAGAACAUCGGUUAUGUGCUGUAUGGUGUCUACAAUGUAACUAUGGUGGUGGUCCUACUCAACAUGCUGAUUGCUAUGAUCAACAACUCCUAUCAGGAGAUAGAGGAAGACGCGGAUGUCGAGUGGAAAUUUGCUCGUGCAAAGCUCUGGCUGUCCUACUACGAUGAGGGCAGGACAUUACCUGCUCCCUUCAAUCUGAUGCCCAGCCCUAAAUCGUUCUACUAUCUCAUCCUGCGCAUCAAGUCCUGCCUCAUCUGGCUCUGCAAGGCCAAGGCCAAGAAGUGUGACAGUGAAGUGGAAAUGGGAAUGCUCAACUCCCAGAUAAAACCAGAUCGUUAUAGAGCUAGCAUUCGAACUACAGAUGGCUCUGACAUAAGAAAACCCAUCAAAAAUCCAACCCGCUAUCAGAAAAUAAUGAAGAGGCUCAUCAAACGCUAUGUACUGAAGGCUCAGGUCGACAAAGAGAAUGAUGAAGUCAAUGAAGGUGAGCUCAAGGAGAUUAAACAAGACAUCUCCAGCCUGCGCUACGAGCUUCUGGAGGAGAAAUCCCAGGCGACGGGGGAACUAGCAGAACUCAUUCAGCAGCUCAGCGACAAACUCAGGAGGAACACGAAAAAACCUUGAGGAAAAAACUCAAAUAAAUGAGGAUGUGAUCAAGUGAAACAAGCGAGGAGAGCAUUUUUACAUGUCAAGUGUGUCAAAAACAGGGAGAGUUUUAUUAAGCCUUACAAAAACCUUUAGUUUUCAAUGGACCAAACUUCAUGACAAACUGCUGUGAGGAAAUGAAAUGCUGUCUGUAUUCAAAGAAGCUUAUAAAUGCUUAGCAGCUUCAUUGAGACAUUGGGAUUUUAUUGAGGAAGUUUUGUACUGUGGACCAAUCAACGGACCUAUUCUCAAUCAAGCCAAACCAAGACCCCCCACUCUCCAGUAAUCAAUGAAAAGGAACUGUAAAUCCUAUCCUAUGGAAAACUAUGACACAAUUGUAAGUUGUAAGUGGUGGUAAAAUUCAGUUCCCUUCCUGUAAUGUUUUCAGUUACAAGGCAAAUAGUAAUUGUAUGGAAACUACUGACUCUGAUCCAUUUUUGUAAUGAAAACAACCAGGUUAAUUUUCGUAUUGAACUUUCAGUGAAGUAUGCUGUUCAGAAACCUGUUUUCAAUUUA